AUGUGGCCAGGCUUGAAACUUGUGCACGGAAAGCCUCGUCAUUCCCAAAGUCAAGGAUCUGUGGAAAGAUCUAAUCAAGAUGUGCGAGACAUGUUGGUAGCAUGGAUGUUAGAUAAUAAUACGAAACAAUGGUCAGAGGGUCUAAGGUUUAUUCAAAGCAAAAAAAAUCGCUCACUACAUGAAGGAAUAAAGAAAAGUCCUUACGAAGCCAUGUUUGGCAUGAAACAAAGAAUCGGAUUAGCAGAUUCUUCACUGGAAAAGGAAACAUAUGAAUCAUUGGAAACAGAAGAAGAUUUGGAAAGAAUAUUGGAUGGGAUAACAACUGGACCAGAUAAUGAAACAGAAGACAAUUUGUACAAUACAGAUUUAUGUGCUAUUUGUGAAGAAUGUGGGAUUCUCGUAACAUGCCAAAAAUGUAGUCUUAAGGUACAUGUAAAAUGUGGAAUUGAAACUGAAGAUCAAGUCGUAUGUAGCCGUUGCAACAGAACUGAUGCAAUCAGAGAUCAACGUGAAGAUGCUAAAUCCGGAUUGGAGAAACAAGCUGCAAAAAUGUUAUCUUUGUCUUGCCAAAAACUUCCUCCUGUUGAGGUAGGUCAAAACGUCGUAGUUAAAGUUCCAGAUGUUGACAGGGGAAGACUUGCUCCCAGAAAUGUGCUGCCUGCGGUUUUAAGCGUUAAUGAAUGUGGUUUGUAUAAGUUGGGAACAAAAAAUGGAGAGCUAGAAAGACUUUAUAGUAGAAAUGAAUUCACGUUUGCCGAUUCCAAUUUUAUCAAACUAUCAGAAGUCCCUAGCACGUUAUUAAAUUUGAGACAAGCUUCAGUUCUCGCGUCAGGGUCAAAACAAGGAUUUGUUAUGUGCAAUUGCAAGCGUUAUUGUAUUUCUAAAAAGUGCAAUUGUCGGUCCAAAGAAGUUCUCUGCAAUUCAAAAUGUCAUAACAACAGCGAGUGCAAGAACAAAUAA